AUGUCAACUGAAGGAGACAAGAAGAUAGAGAAACUGCCCAGAAAGGUACCAGGAGGAGGUCCCGUGGGUGUGGGCACCAGGAGACCGCCCAUUGGUGCGAGUGGGCCAGGUAUCAAUGCGGUGCAUGUCAAUGCUGCCAGAGACAUGGUCAAGAUACACACCCAAGGAAGACAACCACCGGUGCAAGUGAAAGUCCCUCAUAGUGUCCCGGUGUCGGUUCCACCAUCGGGGUCAACAAGACCAUCAGGGUCGACAUCUUCGAGGUUUCAAGUGCCAGCGCCCAGAACUCCCCCAGUGGUUUCUGUCCCCGCAAAGGCAAACCACGACAAUGAUGAGUGUAGAAACCCCCAGUGUCCUCACUGUGGCCUGGUGAUCAUUCCCUCGCCCAAAUCGUCAUACCCAAUUCAAGAUAAACCCUCAAUAACGGUCAAUGACUGGAGUAUCUUCGUGAUAAAGAAACCGAUAUGCAACGCUGUGGAACUUGACAAUUUGGCAGAGACCAAGUUCUCGUUCCCCUUGCCUGAAAUGAUCUUUGGCAACAAUUCCAUCAGGAUAGCGAACGAAAAGGAGGGCACUUUAAUUGAGUUUAACACAAUUGACGCAUUGGAGGGCCUACAAGAGGGCUGCGACUUUAAAGUCAGCUACCACAAGGAGUGGUUGAAAUCAAGAAGAACCGAGACGGAGAAGGGAGCAGGCGGUUCCCACGAAGCUGCGGAAACAAGCAAUACUACCAGUGGUUCUUCUGGCUCUUCUCCGUUGCCUUCUAACACCACGAAGGAUCUCACGAGACUAACAGAUUUAGAAUCACUCAAGCCGUAUGACUGGACGUACUCCACGAACUAUAAAGGUUCCAUCACCCACCCAGAGCCCGGGUACCUAAAAGCAACCGAAACCACCAAAAUACCGAUCCAUAGACUCACCAGGCCAGAUCCCAUUCUCUUUUUCGACGAAAUGGUGCUCUUUGAAGACGAAUUGGGUGACAACGGAAUAUCCAUGCUCACAGUAAAAAUUAGAGUCAUGCCCACAUGCUUGCUUCUACUCAGCAGGUUCUUCCUCCGAAUCGAUAACGUUGCCUUUAGGGUAAGAGAUACAAGAAUAUUCAUUGACUUGGAAACGUCUCACAUUGUGAGAGAAUAUAAGGAACAAGAGAGUACAUACGAGAGUACAUUGCAGAAGGUAACCGGAGGCUCAUCCAAAACCUCCGACCCCAAGGGAUUGCUCAGAGACACAAACUGGGUUUCUCAGAAUAUACCAGUGUUAAAAGUAGAAACUGAGACCAAUAGAGAAAUAGAGUAG